AUGCGAUGGCCACCAUGGAGCUCCAAGUCACACAAUGACGACACACAACAAGAAAACAACAACCGGACAAGUUCACUGAUCGGCUCCAACUCCAACUCCAACUCCGCACCCCAGAACAGCACCCUCGACUGGACCGCCUUCAUAGAGCCUAGAACUCUCGUCCCAACUAUUCUCCUCACAAGCGGGAUCCUAUUCGCCGUUCGCAUACACAAACGAUACCUGCGUCGCGUCCCCGACGCGCCCAGCAUCUCAUCCUCCUGGCUGCGCCGCCGUAGCAUAUUCGGAAAAGUAACAAGCGUGGGAGAUGGCGAUAACUUCAGAAUCUUCCAUACACCAGGAGGCCGACUAGCGGGAUGGGGAUGGCUACCAUGGAAAAAGAUUCCCAGCACGAAGAAAGAGCUUAAAGAUAAAACGAUUCACAUCCGAAUAGCCGGUGUAGACGCGCCAGAACUCGCACACUUCGGUCGUCCCGAACAACCCUUUGCACGCGACGCCCACACCUGGCUAACCUCAUACCUACUUCACCGUCGGAUCCGCGCCUCGAUCUAUCGCCAAGACCAAUAUAACCGGGUUGUGGCGAGCGUGUACGUACGUCGCGCAUUCGACUUCCCACCCUUUCGAAAACGAGAUGUCUCCUACGAGAUGCUUCGACGAGGACUCGCAACUGUUUACGAGGCGAAAGUAGGCGCCGAGUUCGGUGGUGAUGCGAUGGAGAAGAAGUAUCGCCGAGCAGAGUGGUGGGCUAAGAUGAGAUCUAAGGGAUUAUGGAAGGAUUAUAAGCGCGUUGGGUCGGAUUGGGAGAGUCCGAGGGAAUAUAAGACUCGAAUGGGGAUGGGUGAGCCUGCGGAGAAGGAGAAGGCAAGUGGAGGAAAAACAAAGUGA